CAAAAUAUUUACUAAAAUGCCAUUUGAUUGAAUUUAGUGGGAAUUUCUCCGAUUUAAUACUCCAUCUCACAUUCUCACUCAUUCACCAGUAACACUCCUACUCUCACAAGCCGCUAUCACCACCGCCGUCCGCCGGGUUUAACAUUCAAAAAAUGUUUCUACGAAGAAUUUGUGGACGAAUUUUAUCGGCAGCUGCAAAAUCAGAACACCCAAAUGCUGGAGGAACAGCUGCUUCGUCAUCAGUGUAUAACCCUCUUGAGCAAUUCUUUGAGGUUGAUAGAUCAGCUGAUGAUGAUAAACGUGUUGUUUAUGGACGUGGUUGGAAAGCUUCUGAAUUGCGCCUCAAGUCUUGGGAUGAUCUCCAUAAGCUGUGGUAUGUACUUAUGAAGGAGAAAAAUAUGUUAAUGACACAGAAACAGAUGCUCAAUGCUCAAAACCUGCGAUUCCCUAAUCCAGAACGUAUAUCAAAGGUGAGAAGAUCCAUGUGCCGGAUCAAGCAUGUGCUUACAGAGAGGGCCAUCGAGGAUCCAGAUGCCCGCAGAUCUGCUGAGAUGAAAAGGAUGAUAAAUUCUCUUUAAUAUGUUCUGGUGGUUCUAAGACCAAAAAAAAAAGACAAUGAAGUAAUUUUUAUUUUGGCCACUGAUUAGAGUUUUGGAGUUGAUCAAUGAAUGGCAUUUUCGAUUUCCUCCCCUAUAUUUCCAUGGUUUUUUUCAAUAAUUAAAUUAGGAGGGUUCUAUUCUAUCAGGGUGUCCAUGCUGUAAUUUGCAUUCAUGUGCAUGUGCUCUGCACAUGAGCACGUAUCAGAUGUAGCAUGUAAAUUUUGGGGUAAGAGGAAUGGCUGGUAUUACAGUUGUCUCUUUUAAGUUUC